AUGGUGAAAUUGUUUGCUAUGAGUGUGUUGUACAAAGGACCUAAUGAUUCAACGCUAUUGAAAUCUGCAUUUGAACUGCAGUCAUUUGGUUACUUUCAACGUAAAAGUGUGCAGGAAUUCAUGGGAUUUGUAACUAAAACCAUAGUGGAACGUACAGCAAGUGCUGCUCGGCAAUCUGUAAAGGAAAAAGAAUAUAUGUGUCAUGUUUAUGUACGGGCGGAUAAUUUGGCUGGUGUUCUAAUAUCCGACGAUGAAUAUCCUCAUCGGGUUGCGCAUACACUUCUAACAAAGGCAUUAGAUGAAUUUUCUGCAAAAGUUCCAUCUCAUAGUUGGCCAAAACUCAACGAAACACAGGUUACAUUCAAUGAACUAAAUGCUAUGUUAGCCAAGUAUCAAAAUCCCAAAGAGGCUGAUGCUAUGACAAAAAUUCAACAAGAUUUAGAUGACACAAAAAUUAUUUUGCAUAGUACAAUUGAAGCCGUUUUGGAACGUGGAGAAAAACUAGAUGACCUGGUUGCCAAAUCCGAAGGUUUAAGUAUGCAGUCCAAAGCAUUUUACAAAACUGCCAAGAAAACAAAUGCUUGUUGUCGAAUGUAAUAAAUUUUAUUUUUACCACCAAUAUGACGACUGGUUUUAAGUAUAAAUAAUUUUUUACUCAGUUCGUCAAGAAAAAUGUGACUACUUAUAAGGAUAUAAAAAACCAAUAUUAAGGCUUAUUUAUUAUUACAUUCCGAUCCCUUCCCAAUUUAUAUUUUAUAUUAUAAUAAUCGGAGAAAAAGUGUAUUCAUUACGUUUUAUCCAUAUUUGGGGACAUGAUCAAUAUUUUAUAAUAAACUGGAUAUAAAAUAUAUAUUUUAACAGAAAAAAAAACGAUGAAUUGAAUUUUAAUUUUUAAUUUUUUCUUGAAAUGAAAAUCAUUUUUAUUUAUUAUUCUAUUUUAGGAAAUAGCAGAUCCUGCUUCAUUAAUCUGAUUCAAUUAGUUUAGCCAUAAAUACAAUUAAACUAAUGUAUUUUCUUAAAUAAAGUUCAAAAUAUAUUAAAUUAUUAAUUAAAUAUACUGAUAAUCUUUAGUCUUAUUAUAUACAUUUCGCAUAUUUAUCUUAUUUCUGUAUCUGCCUUUUUUAGAAAAUGUAUAAGGAAUGAUUUAAGUUUUAAAUUAUAUUACAAUUAUCCAUGACAUUCUUUGGUAAAUUAUUGUUUUGUUACAUACAAAUUUAUAUUUCAAUGGCCUUAUAAAUUUUCUCGUGAUCGAACUAAAGCAUAAUAGCUUUUAUUACUCCUAGAGUAGUAGGAUAUUGUAGUAUAAGGAAAACCAAAUAUUGAAACAACACUGAAUUAAAUUUAUAGUCAAUUGUUUCUGACGUCCAUCUAAAUAUGAGAAAUAGGAUAAGAAUAAUUUUAAAAUUUAACUUGAUUUUAUCUUUUGCAUUGUCAUAGUAUAAUUCUUACCAGUUUCUACCAUUUAUAAUUGAAGAAUAUACAUUUACAUUUAGUGAAGAAUCAAGAAACUGUUAAAGCUGAAAUUUUUUCGUUUAUAAUAUUUUAUUGUUAUUACAAAAACAAUUAUUCAACUAAUUUAUAGUUAGCUAAUUGUUUAGUCUUUUAAAUUACUAGAGUUAUAUUUAUUAAUGUCUUUUAUUUAAUAAUUUUGUGUUAAAAUCCUUCAAUCCAUAAAGCAAUUCUAUUAUUCUUUUAUGUACAACUUGACAGUGAUGUAUAUAGGAAAAGACUCUGGGCCAUGGCCCAUUGAGAUAUUGCAGGUUCCACUAAAAAAAUAUAAACGUCAAUCAUAGUCCCCCAGCCCCAAACAUUUAAUUGGCUCAUAGUGAAAAUAAUUCUUACAUACGCCACUAAAAUGUGUUUGGAUAUUAAAUAUUGUGAUAUUUUUGUCAGUUAAAUUUUAACAAAACGUUGUUUUUUUUUUUACAAUAGAACGGUUUUGUUCCUUAUAUAGGUAUACUUUCUAAUACGCCCAAAUUAAAACUAAAUGUGGAUUUUUAACAAAAUUAAUUUUUAUGUAUUGUAAUUAUAUAUUUAAUUUCUUUAUUCAAUUUUAAUGUUUUGUAAAAUAGUUUGUUAUCUAUGAAGUUAGUAGUUAUUAUAAUUAAUAUUAUGCUAAAUAUUAUGUAAUGUAUUAAUCAUAGCCUUUUAUUGUUAUAUUUUGUGGUUUAUCCAAAUAUAUUUAAUAUAAUAAUAACAUAUUGGCAAUUUGCCUAACAUUAACA